CGUGGUUCUGUUUACAAAAUAGUUCGAUCGCGCGGUGCUUUUGUUUGGAUUUCUGUCGAGUUUGGCUUACCUGCAAAGUUUUUGUUAAAGUUGUGGAAUAAAAUAAAGAUCACGAUGUCCUCCUCUGAAAAUGAAUCAUCUGUGUGUGAACAAAGCGAAAUUGAAGAGGACCCAAGCGAUUUGGAAGAGGAGCAGGAACAAUCGAAUGAUGAAAGUGGGCAGGAAGCUUCCUCCGACGAAAAUGCAGACUCGGACGAAGAAACUGGCGAUGAAUCAAAGCCCCGCUUGGCCGACAAAGACUACCGGCAGAUGCCGUUCGAAGACCUGCUGCAGCUGAAACGUCGAAUAGGUUCCAAGCUUUACAACGAAGCCGUUUUCGGAAAGACAAAAGGAAAGCAACCGGAAGAGUCGAAAGAUAAAAAGCAAAAGAAGCGAAAACAGGAACCUCGACCAGACAGUGACUCCGACGGUCCCCCGGAAGAGGUCAGUGCAAAGCGGAAGGUUCCAGCGUUGGGAAUGCAGAGGAAGGUGAAGAAUGGAGCAGAUGAACAACGUCCGCGGGAUCCUCGAUUUGACUCGAAGCAGGGAUACUUCAGCGGAAGGAAGUUCCGAUCGGAGUAUGGGUUUAUCAACGAACUGAGGGGCACCGAGUUGGAGAGUUUGAAGAAGCAGCUGGAAAAGACGCAAGAUCCGGCCGAGGAGAAACGGUUAAAGUUUGCCAUUCAACGGACGUCAAACCAGAUUCGGGAGUUUGAGAAGCAAAAGGGACUGGACCAAAAGCGCAUGCAGGAGAAGCAGGAGGCGAGGAAGGCGUUGGACGAGGGCAAGCGACCGUUUUACGAGAAGAAGAACGUUAAGAAGGCGCGCGAGUUGAUCGAAAAGUACGAUCAACUCAAGGAAACUGGCAAGUUAGGCAAGCACAUCGAUAAGAGAAGGAGGAAAAUCACCGCCAAGGAUAGGAAGAAGCUGGAUUUUGAGACUUAGAGAAUC